AUGGUGCCUGGGCUUCCCCUCCUCCUGGGAGUGAUGCUGGGCUGCAGCACAGCCUGCUCACUUGACAGGGGUGCAUCUUGGAGACUGCACCUGCAGAGCAGGGAAAGCGCCAGGUUGUUAGGGCAGCUGAAAAGCCUGCCGGGCCACCAGUGCCUGCAGGACAGAAUGGAUUUCAGAUGUCCCUGGAAGAAAGGGCGGAUCACCCAAGGGAAGCAGAAAGAAGAUGCCACCUGUUGCCACUCGGAGAUGCUCAGGCAGCUCCUCCAGCUCUUCGGGACAGAGGCCAGCAGAGAUGCCUGGGCAGAGAGGCCGCUUGGGCAACUUGUCACUAGUCUGUUGAGUGGCCUGGAAGCGCUGGAGGGGAGAGCAGCAGAGCCAAGCCCGUCCUGUGCGCCUCCUUUGGCCAUGGCCAUCCGCACCUACUUUUUGGGCAUCUCCCGCUAUCUCGAGGGAAAGGGAUAUAGCCCUUGCUCCUGGGAGAUCGUCAGAGCGGAAAUGCAAGUGGCCCUUUCAACAUUCCCAGUGCCUGCAGAGAGAAGCCCCAAGAAGAGAAGAAGGUCCAUGGAGGAAUCCCCGCUGCUCAGGUGA